CGUCUAUAAGUGUUGAAUGCUAGUGUAAUAUGCUUGUGGUAGAGAAAAAUGGUAGGACCAUUGAGGCCUCAAUUUGUGUUGUUUGGUUCAUCCAUAGUUCAGCUCAGUUUUAGUGAUGAAGGUUGGGGAGCUAUUCUUGCCAACUUGUAUGCUCGCAAGGCAGAUAUAAUUUUGCGAGGAUACUCAGGUUGGAAUUCAAGGCGUGCUCUGCAGGUUCUGGAGAAAAUAUUUCCCAAGGAUGCCACUGUGCAACCAUCAUUGGUAAUUGUGUAUUUUGGUGGUAAUGAUUCUAUUCAUCCACAUCCAUCUGGCCUUGGUCCUCAUGUGCCCCUCCAAGAAUACAUUGAUAAUAUGAGGAAGAUUGCUGUCCAUCUUAAGAGCCUUUCAAAGAAGACUCGCAUAAUAUUUCUCAGCUCUCCUCCCAUCAAUGAGGCAAAAAUCCAUGAAGUGCUCAGUAAUCAACUGGGGCAAACAAGAAGGACAAAUGAAUCGUGUCGAAUAUAUUCAGAAGCGUGUUUGGAGCUGUGCCGCGAGAUGAAUGUCAAGGCCAUUGAUCUCUGGUCUGCUCUCCAACAAAGGGAUGACUGGUUAAAUGUUUGCUUCACGGAUGGAAUUCAUCUAUCAUCUGAGGGGAGCAAGAUAGUGGUUAAAGAGAUAUUGAAGGUCCUCAGAGAAGCAGACUGGGAACCUAGUCUUCAUUGGAAGUCAAUGCCAAUUGAAUUUUCAGAAGAUUCACCAUAUGAUCCAAUUGGUGGGGAUGAAAAGACAACUGUAAAUGUAUCUAACUGGAACUUCCAGGGGUGUUUCCAAUUUGACUAGAGUUUUGUGCACUUAACAAACUACGGAAAGGCCCAUAAUUUGAAGAAUCUCUAGUCAAAAAAUAGUAGGGUUAUGUUGUACUUAAAGAAAUAUGAUGAUGUUCUUACAUAUUGGGUUAGUUAUAUCUGGUUUUUAAGCAUGUGAAUGUUGUUAACUUGUCAUUAGUUAUAUCUGGUUCUUACAUAUUGGGGAGCAAAAUAUGCAUUACGGAACCAACGUUAAGCCUUCCUUUUUGUAUGAGAAGCCCGCAU